AUUGCGUAGCUUCUCCAUUGGCAGCGGGCCCAACUCGCCGCAGCGAGUCGUCUCCAAUCUGCGCGGCUUCCUCACCCAUCGCCUCAGCAACAUCACACCGAGCGACACAGGUUGUUCACUGGCAUGCCAACAACUCGUACACCUCCAACUACAACAACCACACCAAAACAUGUAAUCAAACCACACAGCAACAGCAGCAAAGGCAGCAGCAAACACCACAGUUAACCACAAGCAACGACAAACCACCUCAAAGCGAGCAAAGAAAGCAAAGAAAGCGAGUACGCGGAGAAAGGCGGCCAUUUAGCGCAGCGGAAACGGAAGCGGCCAUAUUUGUAGCGAGCGCUAAGCAAUUUCCGGCUGUAAUCAUGACGAAAUCCCAGAUCAGCGCAUUAAAGCUUUAAAGAAGAGUACAAACAAGAAGAGGGUAAAUCCCACAAAGAAACCGGCGCAGAACUUCGUACACCUCAGCGAUUAAUUUAGGUGCAACCAAAAUGGCCUCAUUCCAAAUACCUGUUAUCAACCUCGAGUUGCGCGAACUCAAGGACAUCGUGUGGGAGAAGAUCCAGGAGCCGGUCAACCAGCGGCGCCUCAUCCUCGUGAUCGUCUCGAUAGCCCUGCUGCUGGACAACAUGCUCUACAUGGUGAUAGUGCCCAUUAUACCCGACUAUCUGCGCGAGAUCGGCAGCUUCGAGGAUGGACCCACGCCGCCGCCCCUGAGGGACAAUAUCACCGGCCAGAUCAUACCGGUGCACCACGACCACCACGGCCAGGACUCGGCCACGGGCAUCCUGUUCGCCUCGAAGGCCAUCGUCCAGCUGAUGGUGAAUCCCUUCUCGGGCGGCCUCAUCGACAAGAUCGGCUACGAUCUGCCCAUGCUGAUCGGCCUGUCCAUCAUGUUCUUCUCCACGGCGGUCUUCGCCUGCGGCAGCAGUUACAGCGUCCUGUUCUUCGCCCGAUCCCUGCAGGGAGCCGGUUCCGCCUUCGCGGACACCGCCGGACUGGCCAUGAUAGCCGAUCGCUUCACCGAGGAGAACGAGCGAUCCCAGGCCCUGGGCAUCGCACUCGCCUUCAUCAGCUUCGGGUGCCUGGUGGCGCCACCGUUUGGCGGAGCCCUCUACCAGUUUGCCGGAAAGGAGGUGCCCUUCCUGAUCCUGGCGCUGGUCUGCCUGCUGGACGGCCUGAUGCUGCUGCUGGUAAUGAAGCCGGUCAAGGAGGCGCUGAAACAGCGGAAGGAUGUGCAGGACCAGGUGAUACCCAUCUGGCGCCUCCUGAUGGACCCCUACAUAGCCGUCUGUGCCGGGGCUCUGACCAUGUCCAAUGUGGCGCUGGCCUUCCUCGAGCCCACCAUCUCGCUGUGGAUGGAGGACAACAUGACCACGGACAACUGGAAGAUCGGCAUGGUGUGGCUGCCCGCCUUCUUUCCGCACGUCCUGGGCGUGGUCAUCACCGUGAAGAUGGCCCGCAAGUAUCCGCAGCACCAGUGGCUAAUGGCCGCCACGGGAUUGGCCUUGGAGGGCUUCUCCUGCUUCAUCAUACCCUUCUGCAGCGGCUACAAGAUGCUGAUGCUGCCCAUCUGCGUGAUCUGCUUCGGAAUUGCACUCAUCGACACGGCCCUGCUGCCCACACUGGGAUACCUGGUGGACGUGCGCUAUGUGUCGGUCUACGGCAGUAUCUAUGCCAUCGCGGACAUAUCCUACUCCAUCGCCUACGCCGUCGGACCCAUCAUCGCCGGCGGCGUGGUGGAGGCCAUCGGCUUCACGGCCCUCAACUUCUUGAUUGCCUUCUCGAACCUGGCCUACGUGCCCGUGCUUCGCAAGCUGCGCAACAUCUACGACUUCAAGCCGUUCGAGAACGAGGCCAACAUCCUGAUGCAGGACCCGCCCAACAAGGAGUACCAGACCUACGUCAUGCACGACCAAAAACCCGUGGAGGGCGGUGUCAAGAACCACCUGGAGUACGGCCAGCAGUAUCAGCAGGAGCAGGAGACCAAUCUGGACGACCAGCAGUACGAGUACCAACAGCAGCAGGGAUACCAGCAGGCCGGCGGCUAUCAGCAGGAUCAGGGCUACCAGCCGGGCUACCAGGAGCAGGGCGGCAGUUACGCCCCCCAGGGACAGCCCCGUGUGGCCAAUCCCUUCCAGCAGCAGCAACAGCAACAACAGCAGCAGCCCCAGAGCAGAGGUCCUGCCGGACCGGCGAAUCCCUUUAGGCAAGGAUUUUAAACUGUUGCCCCAGCCCCAACCCAAAAGCAAAACAGAAGCCCCUAGUUUUAAAUCGUGUUCUUUUGUACAUCUCCGUGUGCAGCAAUUCGUUCUCCGUUGAAUCCACUAUAAACUCGACACAAGACACAUAUACAUAUAUUUAGCAUAGACAUAUAGGCAAGUGGUACGUACACUAUAACGAGCAUAACAUGCAGAUAGUUAAUACAGCAGCUAGAUAAUGCCUUGCACCGCACCAAGUUUUGUAUCAUACACGAAUGUUGAAGCAGCCAACUAAAAGCAGUGAUGGGAAAAGUACGAUUUUGGUUUACCUAGGUGGAGGCUAGGGUGCAAAAAAAGAAUACAAAUAUUGACCAGAUAACAAAGUGUUUCUUCAAAACUUAAAAUUUAUUUUAAAUAUGCAGUAGGAAAGAUUUAUUUUUAUGUUUUAAAGUAAGCGACCUGAUAUUAAAUACAAGCAUAUGAUAAAAAUGUCUUUGCUACGACAGGUAAAAAAAUCUUUCAGAACCUCCUCAUUUUUUUAUUAAUGCCGAAGUCUUAAACUAAUAAUUCAGGCUACUUAAAGCUAAAAAAUAAUGUCAAAAUAAAUUUGAGAACAUCUAGGUAAACUAGGAAGUGUCCAUGCCGAAUUCCCAUCGCUGACUCAACGUAUAUAUGCAUCAGCAUAUAGCAGCUAUAUAGAGCGGUCCGAUCGGACAGCCUAUGCCCUAUACUCAGUACUCAUGCAGCCGUUUUCGUGUCUAUCAGUCAGUGAAGCUAGAGAAACCAAAGCCUAGGCAUAGUUAGUCGAUAAGGGGAGGACUCGGACUCCCGCCAUAUCAAAUAUACACAUGCAUAUAUGUAUCAGAUAUUAUAUACACGCAUAUAUAUCUAUAUACAAGCUAGCUGUAAGCGGCUCAGCUGGCCAGCGGACCACCUUCGCCCGAGUGCCGCCGUUCCACAGGCAGUGGCAUCCAUAUCGCAGACAUAUCACAAGUUGCACAAAUCGAAACCCUCCCCCGCCCGCAGAACCAGAGGAACUCUUUCGGGUGUCAUUGUGGCGGACUCGGGUCGAGAGUGGAUUCCCGGCCAGCCCGGCUAUAUGAUUUCCGGUUUGAAAAAUAUUCAGUUACAAUUUUCUUAACAUAAGACACAACCAAGGUAACGAUACAUAUCAGAGUCUCGAUGGCUCGCCUGUUAAAAUUACCAAAAGUGAUAUUACUUAUUGCUACUAGUCUAUACAUAAAUAUAUAUAUCGUAUCAUAUCGGUAACAUACACACCUACGUUUAGGAAAAGUACAUGAAGUGUACGUAAGUUAUACAACCAAUGGAAACAGAAAUCAAUUUGAGAUUCAAAUUCAAGUUUCAUAUUUACCUACCAAUCAAUUAUUAUUUGCUUGUUGACUCUAUGAGCACGUGGGCGGCUCCGAUCAGGGGACUGCCGCCAUAGUAGAUCUUCGAUAGCAUAGCAUAAAUGUGUGUACCUUGUCUAUAAGAUAAAGAUAAACCUACAGAAAAAUAAGAAGCAUAUUGAAUAACGAUUAUUGUAUUUUUGAUUCAUUUCGACUGCACCACUUUUUAGGGCAGUUUACUGCCCCUAUAUUAUACACCUUUUAGCUGGAGCCUAAGAUCCACUAUAUCGAUAAGUAAAUUGAUCUUUUAUAUACAACUCAGCAAGCGUAUAUGGAUGUCAGAAUAUUUAUGUACAUUUUUCGAAUGUGUUUAGUCAGCAAUUACAGUAAAUUAUGAGUACUUUAUAUCACAGACUUUCCAUAUCCGUGAACAUAUCAAUGAAACGGCUAUUUAGGAACUGCUGUCAAUGCAAACCCAGAAUGAAUAUGAGUAACUUAUGAAUUACGAAAGCAAUUGGUUAGAUCACAGUCUGCAUAAAUAUACGCUAUACAUUAACAGAAAUGCACUGAUUUUCAAGAAGUUACAAAUUAUGUUCAUAGGAUUUUAGAAAAUUUAUCGUUUCAAUAUUGUCUUGAAUCUAAUUUCAUUGGUAUUUGAUGUAGAUACUCUAGCAAAUCAAUAAUGUUGUCUGUUUUUAUGGAUUGCUUGGUUUUUAUUACAUUCUAAUUUUCUUUUUUCUUUGGUAGAUAAAAUUAUAUUAGUUUUCCUCAUUUUACAGACACUUACAUACACUUAAUAUAUAUACAUAGCUCUACAAAUUUACAAAACUGUAGAAAUACUCUUAACUAUAAUAUGAAUUAAACUCAUGAAAAAAUCUCCCAUCAAAAGUAUCAAUUAAAACGAAGGACAGGAAGUGGUGAAGGAUAGAGUGUUAAAGCAAACUACAUAUUUAUAUAUGAAAAGCAAGCGAGAAGAAAACCAGAACAAUUAAUAUAGUCAAUAACGUACAUAUAUAUUAUUAUGUAACAUAUUAUAUUUAGAACGUUUAUUUAAGUAGCUAACAAUAGAGUUUUAAUUACAACUAACCAAACAUAUAUAAAUAUAUUGAAACCCCCAAAAAGCAAUAUUUAUUUAAGUUUCCUUUGGAACAAUCAUCUAAAAAACAACAACGCCAUACCCUUAAGCCGUGUAAAAACUGGAAAUGUCAUUAAAAUGUACUUCUAAUAUUCUCUAACUUUAAUAUUUUCCUUCUUCUUAAAAGUGUUCAAUCUUUACACGGCUAACAAGGCAGGAUGUAGAUAGAUGUCAAAUAAAUAAUACAGUACGAUUUCAAGCAUUCAAAAUUUCAAUAGAUUUGAACAGUUUAACCAAAGUUUGGUAGAGCGCAACAUGUAUAUGAAUCUUCCAAUUUUGGUUUACAAAUAUAAAUAUAUAUAUAAAGCUAAGUAAUAACCAUCACAUAAAGUAGUCGAGGGACGGGGUCCCAGAAGGUCAAUAGAGAGUAGCCUGAAGGAUGUGUAGCAGUGCCGGCAAUGUGUAAUAACUUACUAAACAAAUAAGAGCAAAUGGAACGCAUAAACUAAAUGUGUUACAAGCAUAUAAAUAUGAAAAUAUAAGAAACGAUGUAUGAUAAAAUAUAUUAAUAUACAUUUAUAAAAUGAAUUCUAAAACACGAUAGCAGUUAAUUGAAUGGUUAUACUCUGCGUAUUACAAGUGUUGAAUGUUCAAUAGCAUUAUAUGAAUUAUGAAUUAUACGCAAUAACUGUGCGCUAUGGAUAAUUAAUGAACAAAUUCAUUUUUAAUAUCGAAUAUUUACUAAAUGAUAUAGGGAUUUUAACUUGGCAACAAUACCGGUAGCACAGAAAAAAAAUUUGAUAUUUUUUCAUAAGAGAAAUGCCUCUCCGACAGUUUCUAUGUGUUGUGCGUGUGAAGAACGUUUUAGAAAAUUUAAUUGUAUACCCUAGACAAAAUAAAAUGAGUUUGUAAGUGAAGCCCACAAAGUUAAUGCCACCACAGUUCAGUUUUGUAUUGUAUAUAAGGCAUAUUGUUAGUUUCGAAUGUCUUUUUUGGUCAGAGUCAAUGUAAAAGUCAAAGUCGAAGAGUUUCAAGUACAUACUUAUAUAGUACAGAACAAAAUUAUUAAGAAAGUCUUUGCAAUUUGUUUCGGCUAAUGUUAUAGACGUUUGUGUUACAUAUUUACCAAUAAUUAUUACGAUAAACAGUGGAAAUUAUUAUAAAAGAUAAGUAAGCAAAAGCGAAACCGGAAGCGAAACUAAAAUUUUACCAAGUAUCCAAAUCCCAGUUCUGUAACGUUGCUGUUCAAUUUCCAAGUCUAUCCAUCUAUAUUCUAUACGUAAUUAUGUUUGUAUCUGAAUAUCACACCGUUCAAAUAUCCCCAAAGAACUAAGCAAACUAAGUGCUAUGCAUAUCAAAAUGAAGCGAAUCGAUGUUCGAUGACUUAACAUACAUAGCUUGGGCAUAUUUUCAAGGCAUGCCAAAAAAUCUCCUCUAUAAACAAAUGUAAGCAAUAGGGAAAAAAAGCAGGAACUGCCUCAGAAACAAACGCCCUGGAAGUUCAGUUUGAUGUGUGGGAGUUAUCCAGAAAAUUCGUGCAAAAGUCAGCAAAAUCAAGAGCUAAAACAAACAAACAUUCGCUUCGGGUUUGAAAUUUUCUGGAAUUAUUUAAGGCUAAAAUACAAAUAGAAAGCUCACACACAGUUCUAUAAAUCUAUAAACUUAUUUGGACUCCAUCGAAAGAGAAUUCAAAAUGGCAGUCACCUGCUUCUGGCAAUGGGAAAUGUUAUGAAUAAUGAAUUGGACAAACAGAAAAUAUAAUCGAACGUACAUUAAAGCAUACAGAUAUUGGCAUGAGCUAUAGAGGAAAGAUAAUGCAUUAUUACAGAGCGACACACCCAUACACACCACACCCACACACACCCACAAAACACCCAACAGGAACAAACAACACAAAACAAACAUGUACUAUUGAAAUAUAAUUGUUAACCAUGGAAAAA